AAGGAAGGAGGCGGGAUCCCGGCUGCCACGGUGCUCACUGGGUAGUGUCCCUAGCUACUGUUGCUAAGACUGUGGGUCGCCUGAGGUGGUGGGAGUUAGUUUUGGCAACCGGUGCCUGAGAGAAGUCGAGGGUCAUUGCAGAGCCAGGAAGGAGAUGGUGAAGCAGACGAUCCAGAUAUUCGCGAGGGUGAAACCCCCAGUCCGGAAGCACCAACAAGGGAUUUACUCCAUAGACGAAGAUGAAAAAUUAAUACCUAGCUUGGAAAUUAUUGUACCACGUGAUUUGGCAGAUGGGUUUGUGAAUAAUAAGCGAGAAAGCUAUAAAUUUAAAUUUCAAAGAAUUUUUGAUCAGGAUGCAAACCAAGAGACCAUUUUUGAAAACAUUGCCAAACCAGUUGCUGAGAGUUUCCUGGCAGGUUACAAUGGUACCAUCUUUGCCUAUGGGCAAACAGGCAGCGGGAAGACAUUCACUAUCACAGGGGGUGCAGAGCGUUACAGUGACCGAGGCAUUAUCCCAAGGACACUGUCAUACAUUUUUGAACAGUUACAAAAGGACAGCAGCAAAAUAUAUACAACACACAUUUCCUAUUUGGAAAUCUACAAUGAAUGUGGUCAUGAUCUUUUGGAUCCAAGACAUGAAGCCUCCAGUUUGGAAGAUUUGCCGAAAGUGACAAUAUUGGAGGACCCUGAUCAGAACAUUCACCUGAAAAACUUAUCUCUUCAUCAGGCAACCACAGAGGAAGAAGCUCUGAAUUUGCUCUUUUUAGGAGACACCAACCGAAUGAUUGCAGAGACUCCUAUGAACCAAGCUUCAACCCGUUCCCACUGCAUUUUUACUGUUCAUUUGUCAAGCAAGGAACCAGGAUCUGUGACUGUACGACAUGCCAAACUUCAUUUGGUUGACCUGGCUGGUUCAGAGCGAGUUGCAAAGACUGGAGUAGGGGGCCAUCUUCUAACAGAGGCCAAGUAUAUCAACUUGUCACUACAUUACUUAGAGCAGGUUAUCAUCGCUCUUUCAGAAAAGCAUCGUUCGCACAUUCCUUAUAGAAACUCCAUGAUGACCAGUGUCCUAAGAGACAGUUUGGGAGGGAACUGCAUGACAACUAUGAUUGCAACACUCUCUUUAGAGAAAAGGAAUCUUGAUGAGUCUAUAUCUACCUGCAGAUUUGCACAGCGAGUGGCACUCAUAAAGAAUGAAGCUGUUCUUAAUGAAGAAAUUGAUCCUAGAUUGAUGAUUAAACGCCUACAAAAGGAAAUCCAGGAACUGAAGGAUGAACUGGCCAUGGUCACUGGGGAGCCAAGGACAGAGGCACUCACAGAAGCAGAGCUCCUUCAGCUGGAAAAACUAAUAACAUCCUUUCUGGAAGACCAGGAUCCAGAGAGUAGAUUAGAGGUUGGCGCUGAUAUGCGUAAAAUUCAUCACUGUUUUCAUCAUUUAAAGAAACUAUUGAAUGACAAGAAGAUCCUUGGAAGCAGUACAGUCUCCUCUGAAAGCAAAGACCAAGACUGUCAACCAUUAAAAGAGGACGAAUAUAGAAAGCUACAAGAUAUUCUAAAGCAGAGAGAUAAUGAAAUCAAUAUCCUGGUCAACAUGUUAAAAAAAGAAAAGAAGAAAGUUCAGGAGGCUCUCUACUUGCCUGCCAAGGAUAGACGUGAAUUCAGACACUCCCAGAACCCACCCUUCCCCCCGGGAAACCCAGAAGAAGGCCAAAAAUUGCCUCUAUCCUCAGCUCCCUCGCAGGCCCAGGACUUCAGCACUUUGGGGUACAGAUCCAGUUUGCUCCACAGGAAAACAGGAAUGAGAGAGGAAGUAUCAUUAGGACGCCAGGAGGCCUUUGAAAUCUUCAAGAGGGACCAUGCUGACAGCGUUACCAUCGAUGACAACAAGCAGAUUCUGAAACAGAGAUUUUCUGAAGCCAAGGCCCUGGGAGAAAGUAUAAAUGAAGCAAGAAGUAAAAUUGGUCACCUGAAGGAAGAAAUCACCCAGCGGCAUAUACAACAAGUAGCUCUAGGAAUCUCAGAAAACAUGGCCGUGCCUCCCAUGCCAGACCAGCAGGAGGAGAAGCUGCGAUCACAACUGGAGGAAGAAAAGAGAAGGUAUAAAACAAUGUUCACUCGCCUGAAAGCCCUGAAGGUGGAGAUCGAGCACUUGCAGCUGCUCAUGGACAAAGCCAAGGUGAAGCUACAGAAAGAGUUUGAAGUCUGGUGGGCAGAGGAGGCCGCCAACCUGCAGGUAAAUUCUCCAGCAGUGAAUUCACUCGAUCACAAGAAGCCAUUUCUCCAGGCAUCUGACUCCCAGCGUGAGUUGUCCCAACUCCUCUCUAACAAAAGUUCUGGAGGCUGGGAAGUCCAAGGUCAAGGCGCUGGCAGAUUCAAUGCCUGUGAUGUGAAUGCCAGGAAAAUCCUGCCCUCGCCUUGCCCCAGUCCACAGAGCCAAAAACAGAGCAGCACUAGCACGCCCCUGGAAGACAGCAUCCCUGAGAGGCCAGUGUCAUCCAUCCCUCUCACCGGAGACAGCCAGACAGACUCGGACAUCCUGGCCUUCAUCAAGGCCAGAGAGAGAAUUCUGCAGAAGAAAUGUUUGGGAAGCAAUUGAAUUUCCAGGAAGUAUCCAGCCAUGCAAGAAUGAAGUACAGAUGAAGGCAGCACCCCUCACUUGUUCUGGCAUCAGAAGUGAUCUAUGAGCUGCUCAGAGUAGUGACUUGGGUUCCCAUGGAAUGGGCUGUGUUUCUUUAAGGAUGCUGUCCUGGAGGCCACCGAGAGGCUGGGGCUGGGGCUGACCAUGACAUCCUUCCUGUGGUUGCUGGAGCUGCUGGCAGGGUCAGGCAAUGCCAGAGUGCUAGGGACAAGGUGAGGGCUACAGCUCACUAUUGUAGUGAUGUUACAUAUAGGUCAUUAUAAACUUUUGAGAAUGUGAAAUAGCACCGUCAUAAUAUGAUGUCAGGGGAAGCUCACACUGGUGUAAGGUGGGGGGGAAUAAUAAUCGGUUAUAUUUAGUGAUUGCCAGCCCUCCCCCUUGGCCCAUGCUCUGGUUUGGAAACCCAGAAAUGGCCGUGACAGGCCCAGGCAGGAUGUCCAAGCCACAGGCAAGGCAGUGAAAUGUAGGGCAUCUUGAAGGCCAAUCCUGAUCUCCCAGACCACAUCUUCCACGAUCAGCCUCUUGGCCAGGAUGACCUGGAGGCAAUGCCUGAACAGCUGUGUCUCCAGGGAGCCACCUGUCCUGCAGAGUCUAAGGACAUCAUAGCACCCAGAGAACAGCGGGCAGCUCCUGAGGUUUCUGCUGAGAGCUCGAGAGAGGGCACCGUGGGUACCUUGGGCCUUGCAGCCUUCAGCCCGCCACUUGAGGCCUUGCAGGAUUUAGGCAGACACUCCCCACUUCCACAGGGAAAAACGUUGCUGCCUGGGGGUCUUGUCUCCCCGGGCACUCUCCAUGACAGAGCCGAGGGAAGGUGGGCAGCCCUCAAGGAGUUUCUUGAAGAACUGCCUCCUGAGUCAGGGGGUUCCAACCCAGCUGCAGCCAGGGAGAGGCAGCGGAGAGUGAGCAGGGGUGGCACCUGGAGAUGAAGCUAGCUGAAUACAAGUGCUUGUCCACUGCUCCUCUAUCUCUGUCCUGUAAAUAUAGGACCUAGUGACUCUGGAUGGGGAGCAGAGAGGUAAUAUAGUAUAAUGGGCUUGAUCUUCUUUUUCCUGUUUUAGGACUGGGUAAAAGGAUCAUUCAGGAGAAGAUAAAACCAUUACAUUUCUAAGCUAGGCAGGCUCAUUAGGCUCCUCUAAAACACACCUCUAGUUUAUGUAAUUAGAAGACUAGAGCGGCUGGGUGUGGUGGCUCACACCUGUAAUCCCAGCACUUUGGGAGGCCGAGGCAGACGGAUCACCUGAUCAGGAGUUCAAGACCAGCCUGACCAACAUGAAGAAAUCCAAUUUCUACUAAAAAUACAAAAUUAGCUUGGCGUGGUGGUACAUGCCUGUAAUCCCAGCUACUCGGGAGGCUGAGGCAGGAGAAUGGCUUGAACCUGGGAGGUAGAGGCUGCAGAGAGCUGAGAUCACACCAUUGUACUCCGUUCUGGGCAAGAAGAACAAAACUGGGUCUCAGAAAAUGAAGACGAGAGUGAAGGGAGAGUCAGCUUGCUAUUCUAUGCUAAUUAGUGACAAAUGUCUCCUCUUCAGAGGGCUUUCCCUGACCACUCCAUCUUGAGUCACCCCCUAUCUAUCCCCUCUCCCAUUACCAUUUUUUUCUCCAUCACUAUCUGACAUUUUAUCCUUCCAGACUUGCCUAUUUUUGUAAUACAAAACAGGCAGCCCCCCAUAAUACUAAGAGCUCCAAUGCAGCAGGGACCUGUUUGUCUUGCUCAUUGCUGUGGCUCAAGCACAGAGUCACUGUUCAGUAAACAGUCUCAGCUCACGAGUGGACAUCCAGUAAACAGUCCAUGAGUGGACGAGCCAGAACCCAGAUGUGUUUCUCAGGCUCGUGUCACUCUGACUUCCCCCGGGGUUUUAACUGAAUCUGACUGGGGGAGGGGCCCCCAUCUCUAGUCCACUCCUGGCCCUCACAGUUCAAUGGAACAUAGCCCUCUGUAAAGUCUGUAGAAGCUGAGGAAGACCAAAUUCUGAUCCUAGAAACUUCCCCAGGAGUCCGUGUAAAUGCACACACACUCUCUCUCUCUCUCAGGAGCCCUGAAGAUGGCAUGGCAUUUGCCAUGUCCCCCAUGUAGCAGCAGUAGUGUUCCUGGCAUGCCUUAGUGCCUUCAGCCCUCUAGAGCUGGGUAGUGUCUACUGACAUUUUUAUUUUCUUCUAUUUAUUUUUUGAGAUGGGGAUCUCGCUCUGUCACACAGGUUGGGGUGCAGUGGCACAACCAUAACUCACUAUAGCCUACAACUCCUGGGCUCACGUGAUCCUCUCACUUUGGCCUUCAAAGUAGCUAGGACUACAGGCAUGCACCACCACACCUAGCUCAUUUUUAAUUUUUUCGUAGAGAUGGGGUCUCACUAUGUGGCUCAGGCUGCUCUCAAAUUCCUGGCCUCAAGCAACACUCCCGCGUUGGCCUCCCAAAGUGCUGGGAUUGCAGACAUGAGCCACAGCACUGUGCUGAGACAUCAUCUCCUGGAUCCAAAGGCCUUAUUGACCGAGAUGUGUGGCAUAGCCCAUGCAGGGUGUGAACCAGCCUCCUGGGGCAAUCUCUUAAGACAGGAAAGGAAAUGAAGAAGACAGAAAAACACACAGCCUGGGAUCUGGGGCCACUGGUGUCCAGACCAUAUGCAAAGUGUGUACAGCAACUGGCCCAGGAGCCCCUUGCUCCAAACGUCCCCCCCCAGUGGAAGCCCAGCCUCUGGUAUGGACUCAUGUUUGACGGCAGUGCACUUUCGCCAAAGUUCACUGGCCUCUGCAUAUGGGAGAAAUCAGUGCAUUCUUUGAAAAGACUUUCCAGCAAUCCACCCAGGCUCAGUGGAGCCAUGGAUGACAAGAAGUAUCUGAGUUCACUCUAAGCCAAAAUGUGAAGUUUUCCAAAAUGUUUUCUGUAAAGCAGCAUAGCCAGUGACUUCAGCCCAGUCUCUGCUAGAAUUCAACUGGCUCUACCAAUCCCUUGACAGGAAGUAGGCUGGAGGGAGCAGGGAGGAGGGAGGUUAAAAUAUAGCUUGCUCAGAUCUUGCUAAAAAGGAUUUUUAGAAAGAAGAUAGAGAAACUGUGGUAUACUGAGUAAGUCGUUUUAAUUGUCCACCACCUGUUAGAAUUAUACAUCCAAAGCUUUGUCAUGGCCCACUUUGUGAUGUUGGCAAAUGUGAUGCAGGCAGAGGCUUGAACUGUGCUUAGCUGGUUGGGCUUGCCUCUUGCUCCAGUGAUCUCUCUUGGGAUGAACAUGCCCUGGGUAGCUGCUGCCCCUUCAGCCUGGAACACCCAGACAGCAGACCUGAGCCCAGUCAACAUCCUGGAGCAGAGCUUCCCAGGCAAGCCCAGCCCAGAUCAGCUGAACUAUGGCUCACGCAAAAACCUAUUCACAUGAGAAUAAGUGAUGCUUGUCGUAAACCCCUGAGGUUUGGGUGGUUUGUUAUAUAGCAUUAAUUACAGCAAUAGCAGACUGGCACAGAAGUUGGAACCCAGAGACAGCACAUGACUAGAUCUGGGAUUUCUCAGUCCAGAGUUCAUUGUCUCUCCAUUCAGCCUGUGGAAAGGCACCGAGUGCAUCAUGUAUUUGGAAAAGUGGGACUGCCACCUACAUUAGCCAUGAUAAAGCAACAAGGACCUGAUUUACCUUCCUGCUUUAAAUGACUAAAAACGAGACGAAAUCCUCUAUAGAAACCAGUGGUUUUCAGCCAUUGGAUAACAGGCAAUAUAGAGUAUUAUUGAACCCCAAGAGAAGAGAAACAAGAGAGGGGAGCACUGUGAUUGCUCCAACUUACUGCCUGCAGUGAGUUUUCAGGCUGCAGCCCAGAAAGGGGGAACCAGGGAGAGCCCAGUGGUUUCCCUGAGUUGAGGAAAUGGAGCUGGGAAUCCAGGGAGGAUAAAGUGGCUUAUAUUUGCAAGGCAGGGUCCCAGUGAUGAAAGAGAGGGAGAGAAAGAAAGCGAGCAUGCUCUGAGAUCUUCAGAGGGUUACUCUUGAGUCUUCAGCUGAUCGACAUAUGCAUGUGAGGAAAUUACCCAAGGCAAGAGAAAGAACCGCCAGGAAGGAGCAGGUCCUGAGAUAACACUGGGUUAGGGAGAGUUCCUGUUCCCAACAGCCAGAGUGGAGAAACCUCCUCCCAAAACGGUCGUUGUACAGAGACACAGAAGAUACUGCCUCAGAAGUGGGGUCAAAUUAGUCCGAGAUGAUAGAUUGCUCUGGUCCCACCUAACAAAGCUUAAAAAGCCAGGCUCAAAGGAGGCAAAUUGUUUCCAGUAAGUUUCCAGGUAACUUCACUGAGUCCCAAACAAAGCUCAAAAAUAGCUAAAGGAAUACCAAAACAAAAACAAAAAAAAAAAAAACAAAAAGAAGCCAGCAUCCAACAAUAUAGAAUCCAUAAUGUCUGAUAUCCAAUAAAAAAUAAUCAGGCAUGCAAAGAAGCAGGAACAUAUCAGCCAUAAGAAGAGAAAAAACAAUCAAUAGAAACAGAGGCCAGGUGUGGUGGCUCACAACUGUAAUCCAGCACUUUGUGAUACUGAGGCGGGAGGAUCACCUGAGGUCAGGAGUUUGAGACCAGCCUAGUCAACAUGGUGAAACACCAUCUCUACUAAAAAUACAAAAAAAUAGCUGGGCCUGGUGGUGGCAGUCACCUGUAAUCCCCGAUACUCACAAGGCUGAGGCAGAAGAAUCACUUGCACCCAGGAGCGGAGGUUGCGGUAAGCCAAGACCGUGCCAUUGCACUCCAGCCUGGGCAACAAGAGUGAAACUCCGUCUCACAAAAAAGAAAAAAAAGUUCUGGCAGCAGCAGCUCAAGUGACCAAGGCAAGAUGGGUCAAAGUCAGAGUGGUGGUCAUGAUCCUGGAGGUGGCAGGAAGGAUGACAAGGACAAGGAAAAGAAAUAUGAACCCCUUGUACCAACUAGAGUAGGGAAAAAGAAGAUAACAAAGGAACAGAUGCUUCCAGCAAACCGCCACUGCUGACACCUCACACCCAGUGCCGGUUAAAACGACACUAUCUUUCCACAGAGGAAGAAUUCAUUAGAAAUCAGGAACUAAUGAAACUAUUAGAAGAAAAGCAAGAAGAGGAAAGAUCAAAAGUGGAUGAUCUGAGGGGGACCCCAAUGUCAGUGGCAACCGUGGAAGAGAUCAUCCAUGCAUCGUGUCUGCAUCUGUGGGCUCAGAACACUAUGUCAGCAUUCUUUCGUUUGUAGGCAAGGAUCUGCUGGAAGCCGGCUCCUCACUUCUGCUCAAUCACAAGGUGCAUGCUGUGAUAGAAGUGCUGAUGGAUGACACGGAUCCCCUGGUCACAGUGAUGAAGGUGGAAAAGGCCCCCCAGGAGACCUACACCAGUUUUAGGGAGUUGUACAACCAAAUUCAGGAAAUUAAGGAAUCUGUGGAGCCUCCUCUCACCCACUCGGAAUAUUAUGAAGAGAUGGAUAUAAAGACUCCUAAGGGGGUCAUUCUCUAUUGGUCCACCUGGCAUAGGUAAACCAUUGUUAGCCAAAGCAGUAGCAAACCAAACCUCAGCCACUUUCUUGAGAGUGGUUGGCCUGAACUUACUUAGAAAUACCCAGGCGAUGGGCCCAAACUCAUACGGGAAUUAUUUUGAGUUGCUAAAGAGCAUGCACAGUCCAUCAUGUUUAUUGAUUAAAUUGAUGCCAUUGGGACAAAAAGAUAUGAUUCAGAUUCUGGUGGUGCGAGAGAAAUUCAGUGAACAAUGUUGGAACUGUUGAACCAGUUGGACGGAUUUGAUUCUAGGGGAGAUGUGGAAGUGAUGGCCACAAACCGAAUAGAAACUGGAUCCAGCACUUACCAGACCAGUCCUCAGUGACAGAAAGAUUGAGUUCUGCCUGCCUUAUAAGAAGACUAAGAAGCACAUCUUUCAGAUUCACACAAGCAGGAUGACACUGGUUGACAAUGUAACCCUGGACGACUUGAUCAUGGCUAAAGAUGGUGCUGACACUCUCUGGUGCUGACCUCAAGGCAAUCUGGAAAGAACCUGGUCUCAUGGCCUUAAGAGAAUGUAGAAUGAAAGUAACAAAUGAAGACUUCAAAGACUCUAAAGAAAGUGUUCUUUAUAAGAAACAGGAAGGCACCCCUGAGGGGCUCUAUCUCUAGUGAACCACGGCUGUCAUCAGGAAAAUGGUUAGGAGAUUUCUCAAUCCCUGAAAGGGAUGAGGCUGGGGGAGUUGCCCAGAGGAAUCCUUGUUCCUGUUGAUUUUUAUUAGCGAAACAUUGUGUGUCUUUUGGAGUACGAUCUGUAAGUGCCCAUUGGGUGGCCUUCAUUCGUUCGUCACUGUGCAGCAGUCUGCUUCCCAAUAACGUGUGCUCUUUCACAAAGACACACACACACACACCCAGAAACAGCCCCCAGGCAUAACAUAGUUGACACAGUUGAUCAAGUAAAGAAACAGAAACUUUUUUUUUUAAUACAAUGAAUAUGUGUUUCAAAUAUGGGCAGAAAAAUGCUCCUUGUAAUUCCUUUAACAUAAACAUGGCUCAUUCAUCUGGCUGUUGCUUUAACAAGGAUGUGCCAUCCACUGUGCUCCUUACCUCUGAGGGGUCAGAGGUGACAGAGACAGAGAAAGUGCCAGCAUUCUUGGAACCUACAUUCUAAUGAAGGAGAGAAACAAUAAACAAGUAAGCAAGACAAUCUGAUUAAGAAGGAGUGGGGUUAGCUGGGCAUGGUAGCACACACCUGUAGUCCCAGCUACUCGGGAGGCUGAGCUGGGCGAAUCCCUUGAACCCAGCAGGUUUAGGCUGCAAUGAGCCGUGAUCAUGCCACUGCACUCCAGCCGGGGUAACAGAGCAAGACCCUGUCUCAAAAAAAAGAGUAAUAAGAAGAAGUUGGGGGUGGAGCAGGGUGGGCCUGGACUCACUGUCUAGGUGGGUGGGAGUGUGAGAACCAGGCAGAGUACAAAGAGAGAAGCAGGGGAGGGAAGCUUAGGACAAUGACGGCAGGCUAGGUGUUGGGUAAUAGGAGGAGGCAUAGGACAUGGAGCUUGGCACAACAGAGACUUAUGGGGAUUUGGGUCAUGUGAGCAUGUGGGGGAGACAGUGUUCCUUCCAUAACACGUGUCCAGGGACUACCAGGGCUCUGAGGCAGAGCAGGUAUAGAAAGGUUGGCUGUAAAUGUUGGAAGUUGAAAACGUAGGUGUCAAAUGUGGGAGGGAAAAGCAGUGUUUCCUUUUAUACAAGCUCCGCCUCACUUUGUGAAAAGUGGCCUCCAAGUGUGGCCCCAGAUGCAUCUCUCAAGGAAUGGGAAGACGCAGCAACAUUUUCAGAGUUAACUGCUUCAUUUGGGCUUUCCAUGGCCCCAUGCCAGCCAGGAGGGCUGAGCCAGUUUCACGCACACUGAGGGGGAACUCAGCAAAGAGACAGCAGCACACCAGCUGCUACUCUUCCGUCUCUAUUCAUUCAGCUCCUGAUCUCAGGAGGGUAGCCCCGCCCCAGGCCAGCACCCAUCCUUUUCUGGCCCCCAGGUGUGGAAUGCUGUUGUUAUCUUUUCUCUGAAAUAUCUUCUGGGUUUGUCUUGUCUAUCACUGUCCUUAGACUGAGGCAAGCAGUCCCCCUGCCUUUAGCCCCGGGCUUCGGGGGGAGCCUGUGCUUCGACAUGCUUUGCUAGAAACUUUCUAAGUCUCCCUCUGGGGCUGGGACCAGACAUGACCAACAAUGUCAUCCAUGCAGGUCUCCCCUAACACAGUCCAGGCCUCAUGAGGGGUCUCAGUUCCCUUUUCUCCUUUCAGGAAGCUCUCCGGUACAUGCAUGGGGUUAACCAGAGUCCCAAGGUACUCUGGGACUCAUGUCUGUGAAGCUGUUUUAGGGCCUUCUAGUCAGUCCCUGGUUCCAGGAAAGCAGCCUGAUGAGCAGAUCAUUCCUGCUGGCUGGCGUGGCAUUUCUUUUAUGGCACUAUCUGGGAUUGGGCCAUCAGACCAGCGCUAACAUGCUGAUUUAAGUGACUCUUAACAGUCCACCAAAGGACAAAGAAUCGUCAUGUGAACCAGUCAGGCAAUAAACAAACGCUUAAGUACC